AUGCAUGCAAAUCGUUGUAUUGUAUAUUAUGAUAAAUAUAUCGAUUGUAAAAUUCGAGCACCAAUUACGAUACAAGCAAUUAAUAAUCGAUUAACUUAUAUGUUUCAUUGUAUUGAACGUCGUCUAUAUUUACAAUCUAAAGUUUAUCGACAACAUCCUAAAUUAGUAAAAAUUGAUAAUAUUAAUAAAACUUUGACUUUUUGA